GGUGCGCAUGCGCAGAAGCUUUCGGCGUGACACGCGUGUGGAGGAAGCGUAGUGACAGACCUGCGGCUGCUAUUCUCUGUCCAACAGAACCGGUUUAACGGUGCUUUAUUUGUUCUCGGCGAAAUGUCGUGGCUGUUCGGCCUGAACAAGGGACAGCCGGAGGUGCCUCCCGGUUUACCGGCACAGCCUCCACCGCCGCCACCUCCGCCGGCCGGGGGCUCCAGCGGCGGUGGAGAUAAACCCAAGGACAAAUGGAGCAACUUCGAUCCCACCGGGCUGGAGCGGGCUGCUCAGGCGGCUAAGGAGCUUGACAUGUCCCGACAUGCCAAAGAAGCUCUGGAGCUUGCUCGAAUGCAGGAGAAUACCACUCAGCUGGAACACCAGAGUAAGAUGAAGGAAUAUGAAGCAGCAGUCGAACAGCUCAAAGGCGACCAGAUACGCAUCCAAGCUGAAGAGAGGAGGAAAACUCUCAAUGAGGAGAGCAAGCAGCAUCAAGCUCGAGCUCAAUACCAAGACAAGCUGGCCAGGCAGCGAUAUGAGGACCAACUGAGGCAACAGCAAGCCAUGAAUGAAGAGAGCCUUCGCAAACAGGAGGAGUCUGUACAGAAGCAGGAGGCCAUGAGGAAAGCGACCAUAGAGCACGAGAUGGAGCUGAGACACAAGAAUGAGCUGCUUCGUAUUGAGGCAGAGUCCAAAGCUCGAGCCAAAGUUGAGAGGGAAAACGCCGAUAUAAUCCGAGAGCAGAUCCGCCUGAAGGCUGCAGAACACAGACAGACCGUCCUGGAGUCCAUAAAGACUGCAGGUGCUGUGUUUGGAGAAGGAUUCAGGGCCUUUGUGUCAGACUGGGACAAAGUGACUGCCACGGUGGCAGGGUUGACCCUCUUGGCUGUGGGAGUGUAUUCAGCUCGAAAUGCAACAGCAGUGGCCGGACGUUACAUCGAGGCCAGGCUCGGAAAGCCGUCACUAGUCCGGGAAACUUCCCGAUUCACUGUCGCAGAGGCAGUCAAGCAUCCAGUCAAGACGACCAAGCGGCUGAAGAGUAAACCUCAGGAUGCCCUGGAGGGAGUUGUGCUCAGUCCUUCCCUGGAGGAGCGUGUGCGUGACAUUGCCAUAGCAACAAGAAACACAAGGCAGAACAACGGCCUGUACAGGAACAUCCUCAUGUACGGUCCUCCGGGGACGGGCAAAACGCUGUUCGCUAAGAAGCUGGCAGUGCAUUCUGGGAUGGAUUACGCCAUUAUGACCGGUGGUGAUGUAGCACCAAUGGGCCGCGAUGGUGUCACCGCCAUGCACAAAGUGUUUGAUUGGGCCAACACGAGUCGACGCGGGCUGCUGCUGUUUGUUGAUGAAGCCGACGCAUUCCUCCGCAAGAGGGCCACCGAGAAAAUCAGUGAAGACCUCAGAGCCACUCUCAAUGCCUUUUUAUAUCGCACUGGAGAACAGAGCAACAAGUUUAUGUUGGUGCUGGCCAGUAACCAGCCGGAGCAGUUUGACUGGGCCAUAAAUGACCGUAUAGAUGAAAUAGUGAAUUUUGCGCUGCCGGGUCUUGAGGAGCGGGAGAGGCUGGUGCGGUUAUACUUUGACAAAUAUGUGCUGGAGCCGGCCACUGGAGGGAGACAGAGGCUGAAGCUGGCGCAGUUUGACUACGGGAAAAAGUGCUCUGAGAUAGCGAAGCGGACAGAGGGCAUGUCUGGACGAGAGAUCUCCAAGCUGGGUGUGGCCUGGCAGGCGGCAGCAUAUUCCUCUGAAGACGGCGUCCUGACAGAGGCCAUGAUCGACGCUCGGGUCGACGAUGCCGUCAAGCAGCACCUUCAGAAGAUGGACUGGCUGCGAGGAGAGGAGGCGGCGAAGAGCCUUACACCCCCACCAGCUGGGGUGACGAGCAGCGGAGGAAAAAUGGGUUUUAAUCUGCCCCUCAGCGAGACGCCUCAGGCCCAGGAGGUGAUCGCUCCUGUCCUUGAGAUUAAUGAAAAGCAAGCACCUAUGAACCUCUCGGCAGAGGGCCAAAGUGCCGACCGAGCUGGACACAACAGCACAGCAGAGAGUUCAGGUCAACCUCCUGCCUCCACUGACGGCAAGAUGAGAGAAGACUCUCCUCCUAAAGAUGGAACUCCAGUUUGAGUUCAUUUUUCCCAGUGGUGCUACCUGGAUAGGAAAAUUUUAGCUUUCUGCCUCUUUGACUAGAAAGUUUCAAUCUAAAAGCCUGUUGGGAUUGUCUUUACGACAGAAGAUGAGUUUCUAGCGUUAACCAAUUAACCACAAAAUACAAAUGAUGGCUGAGACUCUUUCGGUCUUAUGCAUCAUGUACACAAUGUAAACGUUUACUUUACAUGGAAACCAGUCGCUGUGUCUGUAAUUACACUAUAUAAAUGUACUAAUUAAAGUGUCUCUGUUGAAACAAUGAAA